UCGUCCCAGCCCCACGAGUCCCCUUGUAAUUAGGGUUCCCCAGAUCUCGCCGCCGGCACAAGGUUUCCGAUGGCUGCCCCAAAAUUCUUCAACAUCUCCCCCUACUCCUUCGACCCUCCCCCCCUACACAAUUCUCACGCCAGCACCCCCAGCCCGGACUGGGUCCUCCUCGACACGAAGGCGUACAUCGCCGACCGCAGGAACGGCACCACUGCCACAGCCUUGGCGAGCAACGGCGAAGCCGUCGAGGUGACCUUCUGGAUUGCCGACCCGCCGGCUCUUUCCCACUUCUCUGUUCACUGCAAGGAGCUUUUUGAUAUGGCGGAGGAGCCCCGUGUUAUCUGUUCCGAUAAGAAGGUCGCCAUCCUAUGCCUCCACUGGAUCUCUUCUAAAUUCGGCAGGUGCAAAGUUCUCCGUGACUACUUCGUCUACACAGCCAGAUCGCUGAACAGGCCCCCUCGCUCAUGCGGCUCCCGAACCCAUCCCCGCGUGUGUUCAAUCCACGGGAGAUGGGUCUCUUGCCCACAGUCGACGGGGAAGGUUUCGUUAUCGCUGUUGUUCGUCCGCAGUUGAUAAUUCCAGGCCGAUAUGAUCUCCACCUCUUCAUCUCCAAGAACUGGAGAUGGAGCACAAAGUCUGCACAAUUGGACCCACAAUUGGUGGCUAGGUCAAAUAUCGACAAGCACAAAACGGACAAGGUUAUCCCACUUAUGGAAGAAGGCUCACUGGGCUGGGUUGAUCUCUGUCGUGGUAUUCUGCUCUGCAAUGUCCUCGAUGACAAUCCCAACCCUGUGUUGCGUUUCAUUCCAUUACCUAAGGAAGCGGCCAUUAACAGGGAUAUCAAAAAUUGUCCUUGGUUAUACCGGGAUGUCACCUACAUCAAUGGUCUUAUCAAAUUUGUUGCUAUGGAAACAUGGGAAAGCAGCACGCUUACAAGUAAAAGGACGUGUGGCUCCUCUGAUGAUAUCACAGAUAUGCAAUUCGAUUCAGACUUGGAGUUGGACGACGACAACAUGUAUGUCAUGGAUGACACCUUUAGCUGGAAUGCUGUUGCAUGGGUCAGGAAGACUUCCCAGGAGGCUUGGACCUGUAACUGUGACGUCAGUGUUGAUGACAUUGCCAUUGACAACAUAAGGCAUUUGCCUCCACUGAAUAAACUCAGAAUAUCUGCCCCUACCCUGAGUAUUCAUGGUGAUGAUGCUGUUAUUUAUCUCACGUCUAAGUUGAACAUCGACGAUGAUAAUGCCUGGGUCCUUACAGUCAACAUGACAAGGAAGACUUUGGAAGAUGUUGUAAUGUUUUCUGCCAAAAGAUUCUUCUUGUUCAAUAUCACGUACCGUCCCUGUUCAUUGUCCAAACAUCUGGACAUGACUGCAGAUAAUUGUGAAGCUGGUAUCCAGAUCAAAGGAGAUGAUUCUGAAUAUGAUGCAGAGGACAGAACAAUCCUUGUAGAUCGGCUAGAUCCCUGUAUUACCGAGGACCAGCUGAAGUGCAUCUUUACUCAAUCUGGAGAACUUGGUCAUGUGCAGAUGCUUGUACACCAGCAACGUGCAUUAAUCAAAUUCAUUCACAGGUGUUCCGCUGAGAAUGCCAUAUGUGAAUACAAUGGAUUUUUGAUUGGUAGGAAUCACAUUCGCAUUUCUUGGAAAUGUGACACUUCAGAUGGAUUGCAAGGGGAUGUGCAGAGCUACCACGUGCAUCCACAGUUUUCUGGUGUUUACAGUUGCAAUCCUACAUUAGAAGGCACUUACCUGUACCAAAAGAGCAACAGAUCAAAAGGCUAUGGCUACCACCUGCAACAGCUGAAGCUGCUGCCACUGCCAUAUUGCAGCAUUAAUGGUGCUAUUCAGUCAUGAUGCUGUUCCUGGACGGUUGCCUUGGCCAAGUGACAUAUUCUGCUGUAAACUGUAGUGUUCUGUCGUAUGGCCCUUGCGCUUUCAUUCAUGGUCUUUGUGGCUUUCGUGGUCUCUGUUUGUGGUAUGGCCGUUGCGGCUUUCGUGGUCUCUGUUUGGGGGAGAUUUCCAGCACUUAUCAUGUACCACAUUAUGCACUUUUUGAAGCCCUACUUAUUAUCUUGGAUCUUAUGUAUUAAGGCCCUGUUCGGAUA